AUACAUUAGCUGAUCAAUUUAAAGUGUAAGGCUCAUCGCUUGUCAUUGUCAGUUUGCUCGUUCCUGUUGCGUGUCCUCAACCUGGCAACCCAUGUGAGCUUCGAGUCUGUGGCUAGGGAGACAACUCUCUCCAAUAUUUAGAAUUUAGACUGCAGUGUCCAUUUUAAACGCUUGAUGUCAAUGUUACAUAUUGCUCCUUUAACAUGGCAGCCCCUAUGAGGGGACCCUUUCCAUGUAAAAUAAUGAUUUUAUAUGUUUCAAAAUUAGCCUUCUAUUAAUUUCUUUAGGAAUAAAACUUUUAUUUAGGAGAAAAAAAAAUUACUAAGUGCACCAACACAGUCUUGUUGUCAUUUAUAUAAAUAUUUUUGAACUGAAGUUGCUUGUCGCGUCAUGCAGGUGGGGCACUUUUGCGUAGCUACAGGGCAUACUUUUCUCGCGCGAUAAUAUUAACUUGACUGAUAGACGCACAAAAACAACAACAUUCUCACUUUGACUACAUUUCCCAGACUCCUUCCUUAAUAUUACGUCACUUUUUGCCCUACCCGCAGUUCCUUAUGUGGUGGAUCCUCCAAACAGAAACAGAGCGAGCGACGCCACCGGCAAUGGCAGACACAGAGGACUCGGGUCCAGGCGCUGACCCGGCCACCCCGCGUACAACCCGGCCACACUACGUCUCCUUCAGCGAGACGGUGCAGCCAGCAGUCGGGAUGGUUAGCCAACUCCUGAGCCAACAGUCGUCUCUGAAGUUCGACAAAAACAUAAAGCAGGCCUUCUACAACACUGGUGCUAUGAUCUUCGUGGCGAUCUGUUGCGGAGCGGCCGUGUUGGUUUACUUCAUCCUGGAGGCUUUCCUACGGCCGCUACUGUGGGCAGUGCUGUGCGGCACCUUCCUACACCCGUUCAAGUACUCGCUCGCCCGGCUGGGCCGUUCUUGGCUUAGCAGGCUGCAGGAGAGCGGCACGCCUAUAGUGGUGGGGACUCUGCUGGUACCGGUGUGGUGUGUGAACUACGGGGUGGAGACUCUGGGUGAACUGAUCAUAGAGAGACUCAAUGUGUUGUUGGCAAUCGGGGCUGGUGUGCCCCUGCUUUAUUUCUUAUAUAUGUUCUGGAGCCUCAUUGGCAUGCAGGUGAUCCUCAGCCAUGUCUGCACCGUCAUCUGUUUUGGCCUGGAUUGUUUCAGUGCUGUGUGGGUUGGCACAUUAGUUGUGGGCUAUGCGUUUGCUGUGACAUUUAAGUGGACACCUGGCAUGGAAGGUUACUUGCGUGCUCUGUCUGUGCCAGUAUGGACAGCUCUUAUUUUCUACAUGGUCUCUCUGACAGGGUCCUGGCAAGUGCCUGUGUUUGUUGUGGUGGUGUUACUGCUUAUAGUGGGUUCUCAGGAAAAGCCUGCUGUUCCAGGGAAAGGUGAGCUCCCAGGUCAGGUUCUGUCCUUUGCUGCUAAUACAAUCUACAUGGCUAUCUCCUGCAGUAAUGCCAGCCAUGCUGAGAAGAUACAGGAAGAGAGGAGCACCAAAGAACAAUCCAAAGACAUGGAUUCCUCCAAGGGGGUCUUUAGCAUUCAGUCGUCCCGGCGCCGCAGCAGGCUAGAGUUCAGGGGUUUCGCACCCAGAGAGAAGGCCAGUGAUAUCUACUUUGUGCUGCUUGCAUGGGCUAUAGUGUUGGUGCAGGUCUGGCUCAACCUCUGGAUCUUAAAGUUACUGCCCAUCCCUGUUGCUGUUUGGGUCUUGAAGAAGAUGAUUGUUCGUUUUGGGCUGAAAGAUUUCACAGGGCGGAGUCUAGUCAAAUGGUGGGCAGUCCUUGAGAGAUUUGUCAAAGACAGACAGGAGGCUCUGCUGCCUGGACCAAUCAGAGGCCUUGCUCAGUUCUUGCUUCGGGUGGACACUAAGCUCUGGCAUUGGCUUAACAAGCAGAUGAUAGUGUGGUUGGAACGCUCCUUGGAUAAGCUGAUCAGUAUUUUCAUUAUCUUCCUGCUGGUAACUGGCACGCUGCUCAUGGGCCUGCUGCUCACAGCUAUGGUGCAUCAUGAGAGCGUUCAUAUCAUAGGGGUCACCAGUAACCUGAUCAAUGAGACUGUUUCCAACCACCCAGAAUGGGCCAACUGGCUCCCAGAGGCUCAAGUUGUUCAGAAUGCUCUCAACUCUGCUGCCACCAACGUUUACCAACAUGGAAGAGAAUGGAUCACAAAUAAGCUUCAAAAGAUGUUAGGUGACAAAGUGAACAAUACAGCUGUCAUAGAGAAACAAGUUCUGGAGUUGUGGGACCGUCUCUACCAGUCCUGGAUUGUGAAGAACGUGACUCACACCGGACGACAUCGCGGACACAAGCUACACCUUCACCGGCAGAAUGGAUGGUUGGGGGACAUACUCGACUGGCAGGACAUCGUCUCAUUUAUGCAAGAGAAUAUUGAAACGCUGCUCUCGAUAUUGGAGUCUCUGUGGGUGGUGAUGAGUCGAAAUGUUGGCUUGCUGAUAUCAACUACAACUACACUGCUCACUGUACUGUUUCACAGCGGGACCGCACUGCUCAACUUUGCAUUGUCUCUGGUGAUCUUCCUGACAACAUUGUUUUACCUGCUGAGCUCCAGUGGUGAAUACUAUAAACCUGUGAAGUGGGUUAUCAGCCUCACACCCCUCUCCCAACCUGGACCCUCUUCAAAUGUUAUUGGUCAAUCUGUGGAGGAGGCCAUCAGAGGUGUGUUUGAUGCCUCUCUAAAGAUGGCUGGAUUCUAUGGCCUUUAUACUUGGCUUACACACACAAUAUUUGGCAUCAACAUUGUCUUCAUCCCCUCAGCAAUGGCAGCAAUCCUGGGUGCGGUGCCGUUUUUGGGGACGUACUGGGCGGCACUGCCUGCAGUUUUGGAUUUGUGGUUGGCACAGGGAGAGGGAGUCAAAGCGUUGCUACUUCUCCUCUGCCAUCUGCUGCCAACGUAUUUUGUUGACACUGCCAUAUACUCUGAUAUAUCAGGAGGUGGACACCCAUAUUUGACAGGCCUCGCAGUAGCGGGUGGAGCAUACUAUUUGGGUUUAGAGGGUGCCAUCAUUGGGCCCAUUUUGCUGUGUAUACUGGUGGUUGCAUCCAACAUUUACAGCGCCAUGCUAAUGAGCCCUAGCAGCAGCCAGCCAACUCCAGUGCAGAGCAACUUCCCUGUACAUCAAGGCAGGUCAUUCACAGAAACCCCUAUGCAGCUGAAGAGCCAAUGAAUGAAGAGGAAUCAGUCUAGCCUCAUACGGGGGGGGGGAUAAAAAAUGGAGUCUUGAAGGCUACAUUUUGUAUCUUUCGGUUGGGUUUCCAUAGCAACAGAAUCACUACAUUUUCUGCUAAAGUGGCUCUUAUAGCACAUAGCAUUAUUAUGCCCUCUGUGUCGACCUCUGUGCUAAACAAUGUUCACUUAGCACUUAGCACUGUGAUGCUACAUUAGCUAAUGCUUGGAGUCCAGACACCUGGAGAGCUACAGGGCUUAUACAGGCACACUCCUGUGUAAAGUUUAGUUAACACACCUAUGCUUUGUCUAGCACUGUACUGGUGAAUUAUGCCGGUGCUACCCUUAACAAUAUUAUAUGUUUACAUUGUGCUUCACUGUAAAAGUUCAACUAGCUUAUCAUCAGUGCAGCAGAUCACGUUUUCAGUCUAUAGUUCACAGAUAAGUUGUGUUUAUCUGGUUGUACUGAUAAUUUGUCCCAUAUUGUGGAUGUUUGGCACUGUUGUUAAUGUAAACAGUCGUUUGUGUGAAUGAAAGACAGUAGUGUGAAAGGUGAUGUUAGAUUUUACUAUUCAGACAUUUGCAUCGCUUUGCAUGUACGGAGUACCCAUUGUUUUAGUUACUAUAUCUUUAUGGAUAACAAGCAUAUGCAGUGGUCUGGAAAUAGACUGCCUUCCAGCAAGGUUUUUUUUUUAAUUGUGCUUAUACAGAACUGUCUGUAAUUCUUAAAUGCACCUUGGUUUACUGUU